AAUAAGCAGCGAAAACCCUUGACGGAAGAUGCAAAGAAAAGGAAAAGAGCUUCAGACCGAGCGAGGGCUCGCACAUGUAUCGACACGUACAGACGUUUUAUCCAUUUCCUCUAUCAAAACUCUAUCACGGCUGCACGAUGGAGAGUUUUGGGGAGGCACUGCAGAAACUGAAGGAAGUCUAUAAGCAGGAGGUAAAAGGAUGGCAGGAAAAAAUGCUUGGAUUGACAAAUCAAAAGAACACUGAUGCAAAACGAAUUGAGGAGCUCCUCGGUAGGAACCAGCAGCUACGAGACCAGCAGCGCUCUUUGACUGAAAACAUCAAACAACUUGAGAAUAGGUUGCGGGCAGGGCUGUGUGACCGUUGUAUUGUGACGCAGGAUGUGGCCAACAGAAGGCAGCAGGAAUAUGAGAAGUCUCAGCUCCAGAGCCUCCAGCACAUCUCAACCUUAGGGAGGGAGAUAGCCACACUGAGAAGGGACAACAAGAGACUGUAUGAGGAGGUCAAGAACCUGCGUACAGCUCUGAGGAAUCAGAAUGGGCGCUUGGCUGAGACAGCAUCCCCAGAAGUAAAGCGGUCACCAACACCAGGCUCUCCACUGUCUCUGCUGCUUAGUGCUGCCCAAAUGUCUAUCGCUUCACCAACAGGGGGCACCGUCCAAAAGAGUGAGGCAGGGCACAGCGGCCUCUCCAUGACUGAGGACAGCAAGUCUGUGGAUGGAAUGAGCCAGCCACAGAGUUUUGAGCUGAGUCAGUACAACACCCCUCCUCUCUCCCAGCCGUCACCUCUCACCGAGGCCUGGAGGACGGUGCAGAACAUCGGCCGGAAACCCCCAGCUCCACAGAGAAGAGCCAGAAGCACGGAUGCAUCAGAAAGUUUGUACACAGCCUCAAUGCUUUUGCUGAAGAACAACCCUUUUAACUCCACACCCACCACACCAGCGGAAAAAUGGGGAUCCUCAAAGGUCCACGCCCCGAUUCCCUACCGACCACAACCCAUCAAAACCCACAAGUUCCCCCAACCCUGGCAGCUGCCGGACAACCCCGACUGGGUGACCAUGUCCGUCAUGGCUGAGGGAGGCACGGUGAUCCACCACAACCCCAAAAUGCUGCAGUUGCCGGCCAUGAUCCACAGCACGUCCCACCAAAGCACCCAGGAGAGGGUCCUCAGUGCACAGAGAUUCUGGGCUAACCUCAACCCUGCAAUGAAAGGCAACGAAGAUGCCCCCAGGAGCCUGUCGGAACACGACGAGGGUGUCACAAAUAUGGAAGAGACAGCUAGGUCUAGGCCAGCCUCAGCUUCAGAGACCAGCCAGAGCUGGAAGACUGCUGAUGCAGUGGGUGUGCCAGGUGAGCCAGGUGAGGGUGUGGAUGGUGUGCCAGAUGACAUCGUGGACAACGAAACCCCUUUAGACCUGUCAGAGUCUGGCCGUGCCAAAGCAGUCAAGAGUCCAUGGGAGGCUCCGGUCAAGGCGACUCCCCCAGCAGACUCCCCCAGCUCCUCGUCCUCCUCAUCAUCACCACCUACACCGUCGUCAUCCUCGUUGGAGUCGCCUGGCUCUCAGAGUGAGCAGAGACUGGGAGAGUUUAAUUUGCAGGACGCUACUGAUGAGGAUGUCCUGGCCGCAGAGAAUAGCAAGACAGACGAAAUUGUGGACCUUUGUACGGGCAAAGAGAAACCGAAAGUGUCUGCAUUCACACUAUCUCUCCAGCCAGUGGUGGUCUUGGAGAACAUGAAAAGAAGUCUCUGUGCACAGAACCCCAGUGACGGCUGGGUGACGAGGCAGGAGAAGGAGAAAGAGGAGUGGGAAGAUGAGGUGGAAAAGGAAGAACAAAGCAACCAGAGGAAACGACUGAGACUGGAGCAAGAAACUCUGCAGCCACCUGGACUUAUUAUGGAGAAGCGGGCAAGGAUGGGCGGACGGCCUAAGGAGAAAAGACCAGAGGAGCAGGGAUGACCACUCACUACCAGCAUGCAGUGGCUGGAUGAGGACAGAAGCACU